ACACACAGAGCUGCUAUGCGAUACCGUUUGACCGUAAUUAAUAGUAUUUGUUAUUUGAAUUCGUUUGCCUGUAUAUAGCCCCCUUCACCUGGAUUUUCCCCAGCCUUACCCGACGAGUUACGUAAGUGCCCCAGGCGGUGAGAAAACGACGGUCAAGCAGUCAGGCUGAGUUACAUUUUGAAAUGGUUGACCAGAUUUACAAUUCAUUUAAACGGACCAGUACAUCAUUAUGGAAUAAGUUUAAAUAUGCACUGAAGUGGAAAACAAGGCUUCCAAUGGACUUGUUAGACAAUGCAGAAGACAUGUUUCGUGUAUCCAAUCUUCUUGAAGAACACGGAGAGAUCAGCCCUGGGUCAUAUACUAAGUUAAAGGAGUGCUUAGUUGGGAACAGCGAAUGUCUGGAUAUCAUAAACAAUUUCGAGUAUGAAAUGAGUAUAAUGGCAUCACACUCUGACCAAGGGCUAGAAGAACAGGGACCAACAUCUAAUCAAGUUGUAGGUAACAGUGCGGAGGGAAAUGAAAGGUUUCCUAGUCAGGGUGACAAAUCCAAUUCUACUGUUCCUACUCGAGAAGAAAUGCCCACUUCUAUUCCCCACGAAGGACUUGUAACUUCUUCUCUUUCUCGCGAACCAAUAAACACUGCUUUCCCUCACGAAGGCGGGCCAAUGACCACUACAUUACCUAAUGAAGGGCAACUGAUAACUUGUUUUCCUAUUGAAGGACCUGCAGCCCUUAUUGAUCCUACUGUAGAACCGAUGAUAGCUUCUUAUCCUGACAAAAUACCAAGACCUAGUAUGGUUUCGGAAGAUGGAACACUGACCGCUUCUGUGUCUAAAGGACUAGUAGCCAAUAUCGAUCUUACUGAAGGACAAACGACCAAAACUGUUUCUACUGAAGGACAAAAAGAUACUUCUGAUUUUACUGAAAGAAAUAUAACCCCUUCUAUUUCUAACGAACCAAUGGACACAUCUGUUUCUAACGAAGAAAAAAUGCCCACUACUGUUCCUACUGAAGGACCGAUAAUGAUUGCUGAUUCAAAUGAAGGUCCAAAUACCACUGGUGUCCAUACUGAAAGACCAGUGGCCACAGCUGUUCCUAUUGAAGAACAAAUAACUAGCAAUCUUUCCAGUGAAGAACAACUGGCCAUUACUGUUCCUGCUGAAGGAUUAAAGGCCACUGCUGUUUCCAGUGAGGGAAACCAGCUACCACUUACAGUCGACUUACACCGGAAUUUCCAACAAACAGCCAUACAGCAGGCACAGUACACGCGUGUUAAAGCAAGUUAUCAGGUUCAGGAGGCACAUCAUGUUUUCAUCGGCAACAACCCCGUGGUUUAUAAUGUGAUUGACACAGGAGAUAACGACGGUAUUCAACAAACUUUGGAAGGUAUAGAAUCUACUCAAGACAAAGUUACAGAGAUAAUAUAUGACCGAACGAAGAGUAUACAAAAUGAAAUCAAAUCUACCGGCCAGCAGCUUACAGAAACGGUGAAUAAACGAGCGGAAGAUGUGCAAAUCGCUCUGGAAGGUGCAGAAAAAAGACUUACAAAAUCAAUGAAUAACAACAAGACGAGUGUACAGCAUAUCUUGGCUAGUGUCGAGGAGUUAAGGAAUAUCACGAUAAAGCAAACAACACUACUGGAAGAACUUGACUCAAAGAUUGACACUGGGAAACAAGCUAACAUCAUUGCUCAGACUGAAUCUUGGAUCUCUUACCAAAGAAAGACUACCCCAUUCCUUCAAACGAAAGUUUUCGAAGAUGCUAGAAAGAAAUUGUGCAAAAGUAAAGUUCUUAUUGUGAAAGGAAAUGCGGGAGACUGUAAGACACAUCUUGCUUUGGCAUUGUUGGCGUGGCUUGGAGGGGAAGAAUAUUGGAAACCGGAAAUAGAUCGCAGUGAUCUUAAAUUAGGAGAGGGAAUGCCAUCUAAAAAGAAACCUUUGCAUUUGAAAUCAUUGACACUUUGGGAUGAAGUUGUUGCACCAAAUUCACAAUUAGCCAUUUUUGUUGAUGAUCUAUUUGGGAACGAUUUUCAUACUGCAAAUGAAAUGGGCGAGUUGAAAAAGUGUGAAAACUAUAUCAUACCAGUUGUUGAGGGUGAUUUGUGUGAAAGUGCAAACUGUAUUAUCAUUACUGUCAGAAAUGAUAUUUAUCUCCAAUAUUUAGAGUCAUUUUCUAGAAAAGACAUUUUUUGUACAGACAAUACAAUUGAUUUAAGCACUACUGAAUACAGUCUAGAACAAGAAAAGACCCAACAACUUUUCUUGUAUACACCAAAAUCUGAUUUUGAACAUUUUUCUGAGAGAGAAAUUAUUAAGUGUUCUUCGAAUCCUGGGAACAAUGAUACAGGUAUGAACCUCCUAAAAGCAGUCGUUUCAGAAGAUCUUGUCAGAGUCAAGCAGUUGUUAAAAGAAUAUCAGCCUUUGUUGUAUUGGAGCAUGCGUGGUAUCAACAUACUCCAUAAAGCAGCAAGAACAGGGAAUAUCACACUGUUUACAACAUUAUUAGAGGCAUUGUUAGGAGGUAAAAGUAGGCAGGAGUGUAUGGCUUUGAUGAAUGGCGAAGAUGGUGGAACUGUAUUGCAUGUAUCAUGUGUUUACGGACAUACAAAGUUAUGCAAGUAUUUAUGUGACAAAUAUCCAUCUUUACUGUCACAGAGAGAUACAGAUAAUAUCCACUGUCUCCAUUAUGCUGCCAUGUCUGGGAGUUUAAGUUGUUACCAGGCAAUAGAACGUUAUGUAUUAAAAGGAAAAUCAGACACAGAACGGGAACAGUUUAUGGAAACACUGACAGGUAAGAAGAUGGAGACUGUCUUACACUGGGCAUGUGCGUUUGGAAGAGAGGAGUUAUGUAUGCAUGUAUGUAACAAAUAUCCGUCUUUGAUAACACAAAGAGACGCAUUCAAUAGGCAUUGUCUCCAUUACGCUGCCUGGUCUGGUAAUAUUAGCUGUUACCAAGCCAUGGAAUCUCUGGUGUUAGACGGAAUGUCUUGCGAAACACGCGAACAGUAUAUGACGACACAGGCAGUUGGAACAGACAUCACUGUUUUACAUACCGCGUGUGAGCAAGGAAAUACAGAAAUGUGUUUGUAUUUAUGUAAGAUAUAUCCAUCCUUAAUGACGGAGAAAACUGCAGAUGGCAUAAGUUGCCUUCACUUGGCCGCUUACUUUGCAAGUUUAAGUUGUUACCAAGCAAUAGAAUCUCUUGUGUUGAAUGGAAUAUCAGCAGAAAAACGGGAACAAUACAUGGCGACACUGACAGAUACUAGCGAGAGAACUGUCUUACAUAUGGCAUGUUUAGGAGGUAGGACAAAUCAGAUUAUAUAUUUAAAUAACGCAUAUCCGUCCUUGAUAACACAGAGAGACUCAGAUAACAAUCAUUGUCUCCAUCACGCUACCGUUUCUGGUAAUAUUAGCUGUUACCAAGCCAUGGAAUCUCUGGUGUUAGACGGAAUGUCUUGCGAAACACGCGAGCAGUAUAUAACGACACUGACAGGUGUUUACAACUACAAUGUUUUACAUAUGGCGUGUGAAAAAGAACACAUAGAAAUGUGUAUGUAUUUAUGUAAGAUGUAUCCAUCCUUAAUGGCGAAGAAAACUGAAGAUGGCAAAAAUUGUCUUCAAAUUGCUGCUUACUCUGGAAGUUUAAAUUGUUACCAAGCAAUAGAAUCUUUUGUGUUAAACGGAAUAUCAGAGGAAAAACGGGAACAAUACAUGAAAGCACUGACAGAUAUGCACGAGAGAACUGUAUUACAAAGGGCCUGUUUAGAAGGUAGAACAGAACUAUGCGAGUAUUUAGGUAGAACAUAUCCGUCUUUGAUGACACAGAAAGACGCACAUAACGCUCAUUGUCUACACUUCGCUGCCUCAUCAGGAAAUUUAGGUUGUUACAAAACAAUGGAAUAUCUUGUGUUGGAGUUUAAUUCAGAGGUAAAACGCAACAUGGCGAAACUGACAGAUAUUAACGGGAGAACUGUCUUACACUUGGCAUGUGUAGCAGGAAGUAAAGAGCUUUGUAUGUACUUAAGUGACACAUUUCCAGUUUUGAUUGAACAGAGAGACGCACAAAACUAUCAUUGCCUUCACUAUGCAGCCAGAUCAGGAAAUUUAGGUUGUUACCAAAAAAUGGAAUCUCUGGCGUUGAAUGGUAAAUCAGAGGAAAAUCGCAAGCAAUACAUAGCGACACUGACAUAUAUUGACGAGCGAACUGUCUUACACUUGGCAUGUGUAGCAGGAAAUGAAAAAAUAUGUAUGUAUUUAAGUAACACAUAUCCGCUUUUGAUGAAACAGACAGACACAAAAAACAACCACUGCCUCCAUUUCGCUGCUAUGUCAGGAAAUUUAAGUUGUUACAAGGUAAUGGAAUCGCUGGUUUUGAAAAUCAUAGAAGAUGGAAAACGGGAACAAUAUAUGGCGACACUGACAAAUGUGGACAAUCACACUGUCUUACAUAUGGCACGUUUGAGUGGUAAUACAGAUUUAUAUGGGUACUUAAGUAAAAUGUAUCCAUUGAUGUUGACGAGGGAUGCGCGUUUUGUCUAUGGUUUAACAGCUGCUACAGUUUCAGGGAAUUUAAGUACAGAGAAUAAAAUGUCUGAACGAUAGAACAGGGAUGUGUAGGUAUCUCAUUAUAAAUUCCCUCUUUAUUGACCCAUAGUGCAAAGAGAAUGCAAUACGUGGGGUGAAAGUAUCACAUCAUUGGUCAUGUGGCCACUAUUGUGACGUAACUGAUCUGUUUGUGAAAACAUUUUUGACCUCGAUGUUCCAGGAACUACCAUGAACAUUUACUAUGGUUAAAUGAGUUAAAUUACUGAAUUAAGCCUGAGUUCUGUAGUUAAAUGUAAAUACAUGUAUAAGCAAUAAACGUUUUGACAAAUGGUGAAAUGGUCAAGCAUGCAUGGUCACUUCUGACAAAUGAACACAUUGCCCUGGCGGGGUUACUUAAGCCUAAUGAGCAAUAGGAAUGGCUGUUAUCGGACCAAAACACCAUUUCGUUACAACAUUUAUUGCUUUCAUGUAACAUAUGCCCAUCUUUGAUGACACAGAGAGAUGAGAAGAACGUCAAAUGUAGUGUUUCCAGGUUAUCGAUUGUUACAUAUUAAAAGGAAAAUUGUGAGAGAAACGGAAACUUUAUAUAAAGAAACUAACAUAUAGAUGGAGUAACUGUUAUGCACGUUGCAUGUUGAGAAGGUAGAAAACAAGUGAUAACAUUUGUUAUUGUUGUCUUUUGUUACGAUAAUAUGUAAUAUUCAGCUUAUAGUUUUCGUUCUUAUUUAUCAAACAGAUUCGUUACGUAUGAGGAUAAAAUGAAGACAUGUUAUGAUACUCAUCUGUAUAUAUUUACAAUUAAUAAUAUUUUAAAGAUGUUUUGUAAUAUUCAGGUAAUAAUCUUUGUUCUUAUCUAUCAAACAGAUUCGUUACGUUUGAGGAUAAAAUGAAGACAUGCAAUGAUAUUCAUCUGUAUAUAUUUUACUUAAUGACAUGUUCUCAUCAAAUGGUUGAAAGUUAUAUAUUUUAUUUAGCAGACAUUUCAGACAUUACGGCGACUUAUUUUAUGUUGAUAAAUUUUGUUAAUUCUUUACGAGUUAAAUUGGACGUGUUGAUGACGUCAACUUAUCAGAGGGUGGCUUCAUUACACAACUGUUGCUCUUGUAAGCGAAAAGAAACGUGAAUUUGUCUUUUUCGAGGCUUGUCUUAUUUUCCGGAGAUGAAGCUUGAGGGAAAAUUUGAAAAAUGAAAAUACCUCGAUUCUUAUAAAACUAAAUGAAAAUAUAUUUAGACUGACGAAUUUUGGGAGUGCAAAGCUUCAAAUUGAAAUAGAAAGAAAAACGUCCACGGCUCUUUAUAUCAAACUAAAAUAAGAGACACACUAUUGUUAAAUGAUGUUGAAUAAUAAUAAGAUUAAUUGAUGAAUGUUGUGUAAAUACUAAAUUAUAUUAUUGUUUCUUAUUCAUUAUGCCUUCGUAGUAAUUUGUAUCUGAAAUCCAUUUUUCGCCGACAAUUAUAAAUGUUUCUCUAUGCAUUUUAGGCUCUUUGCAGAGACGUCAUGUUCAUACCACCCCAUAUUUAUUCAUUUUAUGUGCACAUUGAGGGAUUAUCUUCUUGCUUAAUGUAUAAUGGUGAUUGUAAGCCUUUUUUGAUUAGCAACUAUAACUAAUAUUAUUAUGCAUAUGUUGUAAAGCGCUUAAAGAGUAAUUUUACAAAGUAUACAGGGCGCUAUAUAUAAAUGUUGUAUAUUGUUAUUUAUUAUUAAUGAACAAAAUUUAUUGUUUUAGUUUCUUGCAUUGUGCCUUCUGUCCUUUAAACUUUUUAGAAUAUCGCGUUUGGUUAAUAACUUCACACAACGAGAAAAACCUUGUAUCUAAAUACGAAUAAUAAAAAACAGUCGUCAAAGGUGAAAGAUGAUAUCUGAAGAUAGUUGAAAACAGACUAAGAUUUAGAAUGUGUACUUUAUGUCAUGGCAUGAAGGCAUACGUUCUCAAUUGCCAAUUAUCCUAGAAAUGUGUGAUAUAGUUUGAGGUUAUCCACUGUCUUCAUCUAUCGGCUCUCAUCAUUGAUACUUACUUUGCAUUAAACGUAUUAUGAUAGGAGGAACAUAACUUGUGAUGACUUUAAAUAGGAGAUACAUGUACUGUUUUAAUUUUUUAUAGGAGAUAUAUAUACUGUGAUGACUUUAUAUAAAUGUAGGAGGUAAAUGUAUUGUUUUAAUUUUAUAUAAGAGGUAUAUAUCCUGUGAUGACUUUAUAUAGGCGGUAUAUGUACUGUGUUGAUUUUAUAUAGGAGGUAUAUAUACUGUGAUGACUUUAUAUAAGAGGUAUAUAUCCUGUGAUGACUUUAUAUAGGCGGUAUAUGUACUGUGUUGAUUUUAUAUAGGAGGUAUAUAUACUGUGAUGACUUUAUAUAAGAGGUAUAUAUCCUGUGAUGACUUUAUAUAGGCGGUAUAUGUACUGUGUUGAUUUUAUAUAGUAGGUAUAUAUACUGUGAUGACUUUAUAUAAGAGGUAUAUAUCCUGUGAUGACUUUAUAUAGGCGGUAUAUGUACUGUGUUGAUUUUAUAUAGGAGGUAUAUAUACUGUGAUGACUUUAUAUAAGAGGUAUAUAUCCUGUGACGACUUUAUAUAGGCGGUAUAUGUACUGUGUUGAUUUUAUAUAGUAGGUAUAUAUACUAUGAUGACUUAAUAUAGGCGGUAUAUGUACUGUGUUGCUUUUAUAUAGGAGGUAUAUAUACUGUGAUGACUUUAUAUAAGAGGUAUAUAUCCUGUGACGACUUUAUAUAGGCGGUAUAUGUACUGUGCUGAUUUUAUAUAGGAGCCAUACAUUGUGUUUGCGUUAUUUGUGGGUAUUGAUGACAUUAAUCUGUCAACACUGUCGAUAUGAUUCGAUAUAUUUUAUUUAAUAUUUGUUUAGAUAGAAACACUGAAUGAUCUGCCAACACUAAUUACAAUGACAUAUAUUUAGCAUGUAUUUAGCUGCCUCCCCAAUUCAGCAUGCAAAAUAAAUCCGACGAACUACUGGAUAAAUCACGAUUAAACCACAGCUGGUUAGUUUCACAUUUGUGGUUUCCUUCAAUAUUUAGGUAACACCGUACACAUAUCUCCUAUAUAAUGUAAUCACAGUACAUAUACAUUCUGUAGAAAUGUCAACAAAGAACAUUUACAUUUUACGCCGUUUGAUUACCAAUAACUCAUGCAAUCUGCCGGUCAAUUAUAUGAUGCACGUCUGCUAUUUAAACAACAGUGAAGAAGCAGAUAUAUAAGGCAAGCAACGAGGUGUUAUUCUAAUACUUAAUACAAAUAUGAGUUGUUGUUAAAAUGCAUUCAUUUUUUGUUGUUGAGUUCAAACAUGAUAAAAAAAACUGACUAAAUUUAAUGUGUUGGUCGUGCAUGAGAAGACUUCAAUGAGUUUGUGUCUCAUAAGUCAAGGUCAAGAUCGACAUCAAUAUUUAUAGAAAGUCAAGUAUGACAUACUUACUCAUAUACAAAUCUAAUCUCCCUUAUCCAAUAUAUUACAAGCGUUAUGUACAUGUGUACCAAGCGUGAAAGGAUUUGUAUAAUUUGUGAUGUCUUGUUAUCAGCGUGAUAUUUUUCCACUAAUUAAUUGUAUAUAAUUAUAUGCUGAUAAAGUACAUUUGCAUGCACAUGUAAUAAAUUUCAUAUUUGUACUAUUUUUACAUUUAAUUUUAUACUUGUACAUGAAUAUGUCAAUGUGGUACAUGUAUAUGCGCAUACACGGAUGAUGCAUUAUUAUAAUUUUGAAGUCUUUUUUUAAUAAUUGUAUUUGUCACCCUGUUAAUUAGUAACACUCUUUCUGAUUGGAUAUCUUCCCGGGGUCUAUAUUUCUAUAGGACCCGCUCUGCCGGGGUUUAUAAAACACGUGUAAAGGGAGAUAAUUCAAUCUAGAAAAUCUCUCUAUAACAACAAUGAUGGCGUCCGACACAAACAAGUAUUCGAGGUUUGCCACUCAUUCGGAGGAUGAUAAAGCCUACAAAAAGUCUUAAACGACAGCAAAUUCAAUUAAAAAGGCAAUGAGGGGCCGCUAGGAUCCACAAAUAUAAAUGCAUGUUGAAAAUUUAGUUGUGAAUUGUCCGAAAUAUUGCCAAAAAGGUGUCCGGUAGUUUUAUUUUUGAGUGAACAGCCAAGUAUAAGUCAAACUCACAAAAUGACUUAUAAUUUUAAAGAAAAAGUAGUUAAAGAUUGUCAGGGUGACAAAUUCGUUAUCUCUGAGUAAUGAGGAUUCUACUAGCUCAUAGACUCCGUUUGGUCUUCAUAGACCAGACGACAUAUAUGAGCCCGUAGACCCCUCCUUACCCAGAGAAAACUAAUAAUGUGAAUUGGUACGUAUACAUACACUGGUAUUAAAUAUGACAGUAUGUCCUGAUGAGCUGUGAAUCUUGAUGAACACUGAUGAUUCGUAAGAAGUAUACUUAAUUGAUAUACUUAUGUAAACAUUGAAGAAAUAACGUGCAUUUUUUAACAUGUGCGGCUGGGAGCUGCGUGCGCAAUCGAUUCCUGCGUGGAAGACUAUAGGGUGAUAAACCCAUGUACUUUAAUGUCAGAAACUCUAGGAUUGAUCGGCACUUAUCCCUCAACUGCAUUUGUAUAUAGCAGCAUCUAUGAAAUGUAUGUCAUUACCAACUUUAUAAUCAAAUUACAAGACAUUAUAUUGAGUAAAUGUUAAAUAUAUGAUAAACUUGAUCUUACUAUUCAUAACAAGAAACCUAUCACACGGGUGACGGGAAGUGGUUUCAGAUGGAUUUUGAACAAAUGUAUGAGUAAAAGACGCGGGUCGAUAUAUUGUAAUUAUUAUAUUUUAUGUGAUAAUCUCUAUAAUUUGUUAGGAUGUUCGCCCAUUCCGUAAGCCUUCCACUCCAGUGUCGAAUAACAAGGGAAAAUAGAAUUUGCAUUUUGUUUUCGAAAUUGAUAAAGCUAAAUGGGAUAUUCUUAAAGACAGGCAACAGUCGCUUUCUCAGAUCAGUUUAUUUAGUGUCUGAAAAUAAAUGCGACAACUUUUUCGAUUGGAAGUCAAAAGUAAAUUUGCAGCACUUUGAGUAAUCAGCAUCUUUGACUUGGAGAUGAUUGUUAUUUAAGCUAUUAUAUAGAUGGGACUUUAUUGUUGGCUGCUUAAUCAAUUAAAUUGACAGAAAAUUCCUUCUUGGUCGUCUAUUUUGAGGAAAGUAUUUUUUAUCGUUAUAAAAGGUAUAGUUACAAAAAACAAUCCAUAUUCACCGGUAAACUGUAAUAAUGUUUUACUAUCUCAGCAAUAUUAACCUAAAUAUGUGUUUGUAUAAUUCAUUUCAGUGUAUGCACGUUUAACAGGCUUUGUAAAAAAAAAAGUUUGUAUUGUAGCAAUACUGGCAAUCUGAUAUCAUCCUAUGAUGAGAAUGAAGUAUUUUAUAUAUAUAUAAUAAAGAUUAAAUGUCUAUGUGUAAUAGGCAUUUAUAGAAAAAAUUAGAUCUAACGACCAACUAAAAAAUCAGCUGCGAAUGCUUUCACCCUUCACAUGGCUUCUAUUGUAGUGUAUGGACAUACAAUUGUUAAGUCACAAUGUUGUCCUAUUGAAAUAAACCUGAAGAGCCAUAUGAAGGGAGAACAGCUGUUUUUUGAAGGUCGUUAGAUCUUAUUUUUCCUAUAUAUAUAAAGUAUUUUAGCAUGAAAAUAUGAAUUAAUUGAUAUUAAAUGGUGGCGUAUAAGAUUAAAAUGUAAUCGUACUAAUUUGUUUGUACAAUUUAUAAAUUCAUUAGCAACGAUUGCCAGUUGUCAUACUGACCCGCUAUAAUAUUGUAAAUAUUUUAUAUAGUUUGUCAUACAUAUAACUAUUUACAUUGUACUUUGUUGUAUAUUAUAUCGAUAUUGUGUGAAUAUUUUUCAAUUAAAUGUCAAACAUUGAAAAUGUCAACAAAACUGGGUAUUUGUUUUUCUAGAAAGGUACGUCUUGACAAAUUUGCAAAAGAAUGGCAUACACUUGUCUUCCUCCUCACAGCUUUAACUGUGCAAGGAAUAUUGUACUAUGCAUUGCUUAUUGUAGUCAUGUUAGAAAAAUAAACUUAAUCAGCUGUCAACCGUCAGUAAACGUCCAUUUCGUAAAAAAGAACAAAUAUCUUUAUUACAUUAAUUAGCAGCAAUAAAACUUUUUAUAAAACUUCAGUGUAUUCUACAAUACAUAUGAUCAUUUUCUAUUUCAAUCUAGUCAACAUUGUCUAUCUCAAAUAUAACAUCCGUUUAAUAUUUAAAUAUGUUAAGGGUUAAGUAUUUAAUAACCAUAUCAAAUGAAUGAAUGAAAUAUAUCGCUUACGAUCACGUUACUUUACACCAAAUGCGGACACGCGUCAUAAGUAUCCAAUAUUAACAACAACAAAAAUAUUUGACGAUAAGGCAUUAAUUUUGACACCAAUGAUAGUAAAAUAAGGAAUAAAGAAAAUUAAAGAAAAUUCUGAAGUGUCUCACGAAGCCGUAAUUCGGAUUUUAAAGCGAUAAUGCUGGUGCAAAAUAUUAACAAAUGAAAGCUGUUAAAAACAUAGCAGAAUAAGACCAAGCAAUGUUUCUGCACCUUUUGAAUCAAGGAAAAACAAGGAGACCAAGGUUCGAUAACCUGAUCAAGCAUGAAAACGUGGGUUUUUUUUCUGGAUUCUUUCACGAAAGUUAGGUUGAUAGUAUUUGUAAAAUAAAUAACGCAUACACAUGUAACUGAAAAACCCCGUAAAAGACCAAAAUCUUUAACUCGAAGUCGAUGAAAACACCACAACUAACGCCAAAACUUAAUAAAGUUCCCAGAAACAAACCUGAAAGGAAACAAAGUAGUCCCAGAUGUAUCAACGUGGCACAAGUCAAUGCGUCGCCCGUCAAUUUUAGGAAAGAAUAAGUAUGUUAUCAACAAUCUUAGAAAAUAAAAAAUGCAAAAGCGCCAAAAUAUUGCCAAAAAACUUGCGUAAAACUCUAUUCACCUACAUUAAAAUUCUCCUCACACAUUAUUUUUCAGACACCUUAAAGAAUCAUGGUAUCAUUGCUAGAAAAAAAUCGUAACAAAAUGCCGAUACGACAAGGAACCAAUAAAAUACAAAACUGAUAAAAGGACAGCCCGAGACACAACAGAAUACCUGGAGGGCAACUUAGUUCGAAUCAAGUACUCAUUUAACUACACUAUAUACUAGACUUUAUUUUGAAAAAUAAUUCAUCCUAAUCCUUUUUGUGACAUUAUUAUUAUUCUUUCAAAUAUCAAAUUUACAUUAAAAACCAUCAAGAAUUAAAAAAAAACACCUUGUGAGAGGUAUUUUGCAGGAUUUGCACGAUUGGAGACAAUCGCAACCGUAAGUUUCGAUUGCAUUCAUUGAAUAAACAUUCCAGCAACCAUCUGCUGCAACAUCCCAAUUAGCUUAUGUCAGGUUAUUAUAAGGGAAAUUAACGUUUUGCUUAUAUGUCUUAUUUGUUGAACUAACAUCUAUAUUUCAUUACAUCUAUCUGUAAAUCAAAAAAAAUAAUGAUAUAUUGUUUUAUGCUAACAGAAAUAUAAACAAUAUCUCCAAUUUUGUCGUCGAUACCCCUCCCAUUGUAAAUUACGAGAAGAGUUUUGUUUUACAAUACAUUAACCUAUGGAAAGAAUACACAUGUACACUCAUUUAACUAAAGGGGCAUGUACCCCACUCUUCUAGUGUUGGAAGAGUUUGCGUUCCUAAUUACUGCAAAUUAUUUCACUCUUGAAGAAUCAUUAUACGAGUCUGUCCUUCAAAUGCCUAAUAUUGCAUUUUUUCAUAGAAGAUAUUAGAAGAUAUAUCGGAAUACACAUCUUUGAGGUACUUCUCGAGAAAUAAGGCAAAACAUACUCCUCGAAUGCUGCACGAGUUAGGUAGUCAUAUUUAUAAUGAUGUUAUGGAAAAUAUGUAUUUCGCAAGAUUAUAAUGUUUCC